AUGUAUCCGUGGUACAGAGAGAGCGUUGCGGCAGCAGCCGCCGCAGGACUAGGAGGUCCUGUUGGUGUCGUCGGGUCAGGAUUUUGCUCAACGGCACCUGGACAAGGUGCUACUACUAUUAAAACAGAGAGUGGAUACUCUGACUGCAUGCUGGCACUUGACUACGUUCAGAGCAAGGUAGAUUGGGAUUGUAUACAGUUGGGUCUGAUGGGGACUCUUUUGUGCUCGGUAAAAAAUUUGUUGGAGGUUAAUUAUAGAUUUACAAAAAAAGUCGUGGAGGUCGCGGUUUUUUUUUUCUUCUUUAAUAGAGAAGUAAGACGGUGA